GAUCAUUCGAAAUUGGGACAUUUGAAUUAAUUUUCGGAAGGUAGAAUUUCGACUUUCACCAAUUAUCUACCCUUUAUUUUUUUUCAGACAAAUAAAGUUUACUCCUAAAACUGUAGUACUGGAAGUUGGAAAUCUUCAAGUUCUCUUCGUGAAAUCUACUUGAGACUUUUUGGAGUGACUUCAAAUUAGUCGAGUCGCAAAACAGCUAUCCAGAUAUCAGCUAAUAAAAAGAGAUUCUAUAUGAAAACCUAUGAUUAAAAAUGAAUGAGUACUUAUCACUCUCGUACUUGAACCAAUAGUAGGAUGGAAGAAUUUUGGAUUUCUGUUUCUAUUCUGGCUUUUCUUGUGCAAAUGAGCAAACGGUUAAGUGGAAGGUGAAAAGAGGUUAGCACUGACUACAAAAAAUAAAAGACGGAAGAUAAAAUGAUGAAAGGAGAAUACGCAUUACCAUUUUGUACUCUAAAUUCUUUGAUUACUUGCGUUAAGAAAUGUGAUUUCUGUGAAUGCGAUCCUUCUUUUUAUAGUCGUUUUUCCUUCUUUAAUCUCCAUUUAUCAGUUAUUCUGCUAGGCUGGAUCUUCCCAAUAAUUUCAUAAAAAGAAAACAACCUCACCAGUAGCCUCAUCACUUCACUACACUUAACACUCUUUUAAUUUCCUAUAUAUAUUACCUAAAGUUUCUCAUUGCUUGUUCAUUCAAUUCCCUUUAUUAAUGCAGAAGUCCAAGGGAACUAAUGAGUGGAAAAACACAAAAAAUAAUCAAAAUGUCUACAUACCCGUUGAUAGUUGUAGUUGUUGUACUUGUAUGCCUAUGUCACAUGUCUGUGGCAAUGGAGGAGAAGAAAACAUACAUCAUUCACAUGGCUAAAUCACAAAUGCCAGCAACUUUUGAUGAUCAUACUCACUGGUAUGAUGCGUCCCUCAAAUCGGUCUCUGAAUCAGCGGAGAUGAUCUAUGUUUAUAACAAUGUUAUCCAUGGUUUUGCAGCAAGGCUUACAGCUCAAGAAGCUGAAUCCUUAAAGACCCAACCUGGGAUUCUAUCUGUUUUGUCUGAGGUGAUAUACCAACUCCACACUACUCGGACACCUCUUUUUUUGGGUCUUGAUAACAGACCUGAUGUCUUUAAUGACUCAGAUGCUAUGAGUAAUGUCAUCAUUGGUAUACUCGAUUCAGGGAUUUGGCCAGAGAGAAGGAGCUUUGACGAUACCGGAUUAGGACCUGUUCCCGAGUCAUGGAAAGGUGAGUGUGAGUCUGGCAUCAAUUUCAGUUCUGCCAUGUGUAACAGAAAGCUUAUUGGAGCGAGGUAUUUUUCUAGUGGUUAUGAAGCUACUCUUGGACCAAUUGAUGAGUCCAAGGAGUCUAAAUCACCAAGGGACAAUGAAGGACAUGGAACACACACUGCUUCUACAGCAGCUGGUUCAGUUGUUCAGGGAGCUAGCCUUUUUGGUUAUGCUUCAGGAACUGCUCGUGGAAUGGCUUAUCGUGCCAGAGUUGCCGUCUACAAGGUUUGCUGGCUUGGGAAAUGCUUUGGCCCCGACAUAUUGGCAGGUAUGGACAAAGCCAUUGAUGAUAAUGUUAAUGUGCUUUCAUUAUCACUUGGUGGAGAGCAUUUUGAUUUCUACAGCGACGAUGUUGCAAUUGGAGCAUUUGCUGCAAUGGAGAAGGGUAUUAUGGUUUCUUGCUCUGCUGGAAAUGCUGGACCCAAUCAAUUCAGUUUGGCUAACCAAGCACCUUGGAUCACCACCGUGGGUGCCGGAACAGUUGACCGUGAUUUUCCAGCAUAUGUAAGCCUUGGCAAUGGUAAAAAUUUCUCCGGUGUUUCACUUUACGCGGGUGAUCCAUUACCCAGUGGGAUGCUUCCCUUGGUGUAUGCAGGUAAUGCCAGCAAUGCAACCAAUGGAAAUCUCUGUAUAAUGGGAACCUUAAUUCCUGAGAAAGUUAAAGGCAAAAUUGUGCUGUGUGACGGAGGGGUUAACGUCAGAGCUGAAAAGGGUUAUGUGGUAAAAUCAGCCGGUGGAGCCGGCAUGAUUUUUGCUAACACAAAUGGGCUGGGGCUACUGGCUGACGCCCAUUUACUUCCAGCGGCGGCUGUGGGUCAAUUAGAUGGCGAUGAAAUCAAGAAGUAUAUAACAUCAGAUCCUAAUCCAACGGCCACGAUUCUUUUUGGAGGAACAAUGGUAGGAGUCCAACCAGCACCGAUUCUUGCAGCGUUCAGUUCCAGAGGCCCAAAUUCCAUCACGCCGGAGAUACUUAAGCCGGAUAUCAUCGCGCCAGGUGUCAAUAUUCUGGCCGGUUGGAGCGGUGCAGUCGGUCCUACGGGGUUGCCUGAGGACGAUAGACGGGUCGAGUUCAACAUUAUCUCAGGCACAUCCAUGUCGUGUCCACACGUGAGUGGCUUAGCGGCUUUGCUCAAAGGAGUCCACCCAGAAUGGAGCCCCGCCGCCAUUCGUUCGGCGCUCAUGACCACCGCUUACACCACCUACAGGAACGGCGGAGCACUACUAGACGUAGCUACCGGAAAACCAUCUACACCUUUCGGUCACGGCGCUGGGCACGUGGAUCCCGUUUCAGCGGUGAACCCAGGUCUUGUUUACGACAUAAACGCCGAUGAUUACCUCAAUUUCCUGUGUGCAUUGAAAUACAGUCCAUCACAAAUCAAUAUCAUAGCAAGAAGAAACUUCACAUGUGAUUCAAGCAAAAUAUACAGCGUCACAGAUUUGAAUUACCCUUCGUUUUCAGUUGCAUUCCCUGCCGAUACCGGUUCAAACACAAUCAGAUACAGCCGGACACUGACUAAUGUUGGACCGUCUGGAACAUACAAAGUUGCUGUUACUUUGCCCGAUAGUUCCGUGGAAAUUAUAGUUGAACCUGAAACAGUUAGUUUUACUCAGAUUAAUGAGAAGAUAUCGUAUAGUGUGAGUUUUACUGCUCCAUCAAAGCCCCCAUCUACCAAUGUAUUCGGCAAAAUUGAGUGGUCAGAUGGGACGCAUUUGGUCACUAGUCCAGUUGCAAUUUCUUGGUCAUGAAUUAUAUGAACAAAUUAAAGAGCUAUAUAUAGCUGCUAUCGAUUUAAUGUAAAGUUAAUCAAAGAAAUUUAUGCUUCUUGCUCACAGUGCAGUGAUGUUUCGUACCAAGUAUUGUAUCUGAGUGUGGUUUUAGGUGCUGUAUCUCAUAUACUUUUGACAUUAUUUUCAGCCAAGUAUCACUUAAUGCUUCA